ACGGGCUGUCACUUCCUCUUUGGGAUUGACAUGUUCUCGAUCGCUUUGACAUACAAUCGAUUUUAACUCGAUUUGCAAAUGCGUUCUUUCGUCGGACAGGCUUGUCAAGUUAGCAAGUAGAAUUAUAGCAGAUAUACCUUCUUUACAGCACCAAAACCUUUGACCUUCUAUCUCAGUCCUCGACACAACGCAAACAUGCUGGUGUUCACAUCAUCACUACACCAAUGAUAUUAACUCCUGCCUCGUCCCGGAUCUAUACCACCAACACACAGCAGAAUGCCGGUGAGGCAAAAGUUACACCCAUCAAGCCUAGACCUUCGCUAGCUACACGCGUUUUCUGGACGUGUAGAGGUACAUGGAAGAGAGCAGGUGUCAACACGCUACGAUGUCUUGUUGGAUGCACGAUAGGAGACUUUUCGGCAUUAUGGACGUUGCAGACACAUGCGCCGGAGUUGGGAAUGAGCACGAUCAUGGCUCUGUCUAUGACAUCCGGUCUGACUACAUCGAUUGCAUUGGAGACGGCUUUACUUCACCGGGGCAAGGACAAGUUGUCCACCAGCAUGGCUUUCAAGACAGCAAUGGGUAUGAGUUUCAUCUCGAUGCUGGCCAUGGAGUUGGCGGAAAAUGCUGUUGAUUAUCAUCUCACUGGUGGAGUGGUCGCAUUGCAAGACCCGCGAUUCUGGACAGCUGCGGUGGUGAGCAUUGCUGCUGGAUACUUGGUGCCUCUACCAUGGAACUAUUAUAGAUUGAGGAGAUGGGGCAAGGCAUGUCAUUGACAUACAAAGAUCAUCAAUGUAAAUCACGAGAAGUGUAUAUCAGCACGAGAUGUAUCUAGAAUAAAGUUGAAGCACGUUGAUGCAGAAAAGUGUGGUUCGUACGAAGGCAGAAAACAGCGACCCUGGCGUUCCUUCUGCGAGGGCCGAGAAGCCCAACAGCUGAUGC